UUUUUCCGCUGCCAAUUAGUAGGUUUAUAUCCAUCACUUCGUGAAGAUUAACAAUUUAUUAUACCGCCGAGAGUUCGCUUAAAUUCCGGUUUAUCGAAGAUGAUUGAUCUUAUGAAAGUUGUUUCUGCAGUUGUACUUUCGUUGUUUGUAGUAGCUAAGUGCGGAUUUGCGGUCCCUCUGGAAAGCAAUGUCGUCGGAGGUCAUCGUUUCGGCAAUGAUGAUGAUGGUAGUGUCUACACCAUCAUUGUUCUCGGUGCUUCUGGAGACUUAGGAAAGAAACUGGUCUAUCCAGCGUUAUGGACUUUAUUCCGAGAAAAUUUAUUACCGAAAAAUGUCCACAUUGUUGGAUACGCUCGUUCCGAUUUGAGCGUGGAAAAAAUACGCAAAAAUGUGGAUCCUUAUGUCGUCGAUAAAACCGACGGAAAGAAAUACGAUCAAUUUUGGAGCGUCGUAAAUCGAUACGUUCGUGGCGGCUACGAUGCCGAUGACGACUGGAUUAAAUUAGAUGCACAACUCAAAGAACUGGAGAAAUCGGCACCGAAAGCCAAUCGGCUAUAUUACAUGGCACUUCCUUCCACUGUGUACCAACAGGCUAUCGUACCGUUGAAAGCCCAUGCCAUGGCAAAGUCAGGCUGGACACGUAUCGUUUUCGAGAAGCCAUUCGGUGAAGAUUCCGAAACGUCUGACAUUUUAUCGGCGCAAAUAGAAAAAUUAUUCACCGAAGACCAAAUCUACCGGAUGGAUCAUUUCUUGGGCAAAGAAGUCGUUCAAAUGUUACUCGGUUUCCGGUUCGGGAACACUCUGUUCGAAAGUAUUUGGGAUCGCGAACAUAUUUCUGCCGUUCUGGUUGAGUUGAAAGAAGAUUUUGGUACGUUGGGACGAGGUGGAUAUUUCGAUAAAGCGGGUAUCAUACGGGACGUUAUCCAAAAUCACUUGCUGCAAGUGCUGACGAUAAUUGCAAUGGAAAAACCACGGACCACCAACGCUGAUGAUAUUCGCAACGAAAAGGUGAAACUGUUGAAAGCGAUUCCUGCUAUCAAAUUAGAGGAUGCGAUUCUCGGCCAAUACGUUGGCAAUCCGAAUGGAACCACAGAUGAUGAACGGACGGGCUAUUUAGAAGACAAAACUUUGAAAGAUCAGAAUUCGAUAACUUCAACGUAUGGACUGAUGAGUCUCAACGUGGAAAAUGAUCGCUGGAGGGGAGUUCCAUUCUUCCUCAGAUGCGGCAAAGCAAUAAACGAUCAUCGAGCCGAAAUUCGAAUUCAAUUCAAAAAGGUUGCGGACGAUAUUUUCCAUGGACAAUCCAAAAUGAAUGAGUUAGUCAUCCGCUUGUAUCCGGACGAAGCCAUUCGAUUCCACGUCAAUUUGAAGCAGCCAGGUUUCAAUGAUACGCUGCAUCCAACGCAAUUGAAUCUUGUUUACAACGACAAAUUUCCGGGCGCACAAAUUCCCGAAUCAUAUGAGAGAUUGAUUGGUGAAGUUCUUGACGGCUCGCAGGUGAAUUUCGUACGAUCCGAUGAACUGUCCGAAGCGUGGAGAAUAUUCACUCCUCUUCUUCAUCAAAUUGAAAAACAGCAUCAGAAGCCUUACAGUUACGUAUUUGGUUCUCGUGGACCCAGCGAAGCUGACCAUUUCUUUGUGUCGCAUGGAUUCGAAUCGGAUCCCGACUUUACCUGGGAUAAACCUUAGGAUUGACGACAAUUUUAAUUGCAUUUGGUCGAAGAGCUCAUCCCGGCGAUUGAUGUACGGAAAUAUUUUUGAUUUGAUUAAAAGAAAUAAAUUGUCGAAGCAACGCACUUCAAGCAAAAGUGGUUCGAGUGACAGCUGUCAAAGAGAGUACUACUUUUUCCAUAUUUUUUACCGUGUCAAAAUUUUUUACUGUCCAGUUUCAGUACACUACUUAGAGUACCACUCAUGCUUGAAGUGCGUUUGUCGAAGCCAAUACAAUCAAUUUUUUUCUGGAGCAACUUUCCGACACAUUUACCUGUACUAAUCCGUCCAUUUGCAUGAAAAGUUGUAUUCGUGUCUUUCUUGGACGAUUGACCUCAGACCUCACUUUGCUCGGCCUACAAUUCGCAAAAUUGUCUAAAAUCAAUCUUUCAAAACAGAUACGUAAAUAGCUAUUUGUGGCGCAAAAUUUGCGUGAGUGUUACUCUAAAUAGGGUACUGAAACUUGACAGUGUUCCAUAUAACUGUAAAGCGUAACUGCUCAUUAAACAGCAAAAGGCUUUAAAAAUCCAUUCUUUGCUUGCAGUGCGUUGGCUUAGCAAGACGUUUACAAAAAUUGAUACUCCUAAUAAAUGUCGAGUUGGAUCCCGCAUAUCACAUAUCGAAAA